AUGCAUCUAUUCUCCUACCUACCCACCGGCAUUGCAAGCUUCCUGGGUAUGUCUACCGGUGGCAUAAGUCCGGGAUAUCCGACCACCAUGGACAAUGGCAGUGCAGUCCUGGCCCAGCAGCUACCGCAGAAGAUUGAUAUCCACCAUCACUUCGUCCCCGAUUUCUUUCGUCAGGCUGUUGAAGAUGCAGGCGGCGACCCAACAGGCUUGCCAGUCCCCGCAUGGACCGUCGAGGACUCUCUCCAGGACAUGCAGGAUAAUGGUGUCCGAAAAGCCAUCCUUUCGUUAACCACCCCAGGUGCAGUCAUUACUGGCAACAACGACACAGCUCGGUCGCUAGCCCGAAGGGUCAAUGAAUAUGCCGCCAAUCUGCGCGACCAGUACCCCGAACGGUUCGGAUUCUUCGCCGCGCUGCCUUCUCUCCUGGAUGUACCUGGUACAUUGGCUGAAAUCGAGUACUCCCUCGACACCCUCAAAGCCGACGGGGUCACCGUGUUCACCCGCUACGGCGAUGGAAACAACUAUCUAGGCCAUUCUCAGUUCACUCCCAUUUGGAAGCAACUGGAUGAUCGCAAAACCGUGGUUCAUAUCCAUCCUACUAUGCCUGAGGACUCUGAUUGGAUUGAUCCGAUUAUGCCACCUCCCAUGCUCGACUUCCCUCAGGAGACUACACGGACUGCUGUGGAUAUGAUUGUUAACAACGUCACGCGGCAGUUCCCAAACUGUCCCAAGAUCCUAUCGCAUGCGGGUGGGACGUUGCCGUAUCUGAUCUCGCGUCUGGCUGUAACUUCUAGGGAUACUAUGGCUCAAAAGGGCCCCUAUGGAAAGACCUACUUUGAGUUUAUGGAGGCAUUGCGUGGGUUUUAUUACGACCUUGCUCUUUCGAGUGCGCCAGCAGUCCUGAAUCUCUUGCUGGACUUAAUACCGCAUGACCAUAUUAUGUAUGGGUCCGAUUAUCCCAACGCUCCCCCAAUCAAAGUAGCUGGUUACCGGGAGAAUCUAGAUGCGUUCCAUAUGAACGAGGAGCUUCGGGAUAUGGUCUAUUUCGGGAACGUGCAGAAACUCCUGUCUGGAGCUUGA